UUGGUCGCCAUUUGUAUGAAACGUGCAAAGGAAGACAACGAUGUGAUAGAAGAUCUUUGUUGUUGUUUGACAAUAAACAUUUUGCCUGAAUAAAUAAUAAAGCAAAUCAAACACAUACAAUCUAUUGGCACAACUAUCCAACAAUGACUUAGAGGGCUUUACAAUCAACAGCUAUGAUGGAUGGUGGUGUUGCCACAAUGCCCAUGGGAAGGCCAUUCCCGCCAGGAAAUUUCCAGUAUAUGCCUCCCAAGCCAAAUCAUCAACAACUACAGAAGCCACCUAGUUACCAACAGCCACAACAGAAUGCCACCCAGCAACCACCAAGUGGUGUGGAUCCAAGCAAAGACCCAAAUCAGGCAGCCGGUCAGGUGGUUAUGUUUGAUGGUAAACGGAUGAGAAAAGCUGUACAUAGGAAAACAGUUGAUUAUAAUUCUGCAGUGAUUAAAUAUAUAGAGAAUCGAUGUUGGCAGAGAGAUUAUAGAGAUGUGAGAGCUGUCAUGCCAGAUUCUUUGUACCAGAUAGAUCUGACUCCACCAUUGAGUAUGAAAACUAAUCCAAUGAACUGUGUGACGACAAAGUUUAUAAGAACAUCAACAAAUAAAUUCAGAUGUCCAAUUUUCUGUCUUGCUUGGACACCAGAAGGAAGAAGACUUGUAACUGGGGCAUCCAGUGGGGAAUUCACUUUAUGGAAUGGUUUAACUUUCAACUUUGAAACUAUUUUGCAAGCCCAUGAUACAUCAGUUCGAGCAAUGGUCUGGAGUAACAAUGAUUCUUGGAUGAUAACUGGAGAUCAUUCAGGAUUUAUCAAGUAUUGGCAGUCCAAUAUGAACAAUGUAAAGAUGUUUCAAGGACAUAAGGAGCCCGUUCGUGGGAUCAGUUUUUCUCCAUCUGACAAUAAAUUUACGACUUGUUCUGAUGAUGGUACUGUACGAAUCUGGGAUUUCCAGAAAUGCCAAGAAGAGAAGAUUUUAAGAGGACAUGGUGCUGAUGUGAAAUGUGUAGGCUGGCAUCCACUGAAAAGUCUGAUAGCCUCUGGAAGUAAAGAUAAUCAACAGCCAUUGAAACUGUGGGAUGCUAAGACUGGAUCCUGCCUCGCUACAUUGCAUGCUCAUAAAAUGACAGUAAUGCAGUUACAGUGGAACAAGAAUGGCAACUGGUUACUGACAGCGUCACGAGAUCAUCUCAUUAAACUGUUUGACAUACGUAACAUGAAGGAGGAAGUCCAGACAUUUAAAGGACAUAAAAAAGAAGCUACUGCAAUAGACUGGCAUCCUAUACAUGAAGGAUUAUUUGCGUCUGGAGGUUCUGAUGGUGCUGUCAUGUUCUGGCAUGUGGGAACAGACAGAGAAUUAGGUGGAAUGGAGAUGGCUCAUGAAGGCAUGGUCUGGAGUUUGGCAUGGCAUCCACUUGGUCAUAUAUUAGCUUCUGGGUCUAAUGAUCAUACAACAAAAUUUUGGACACGUAAUCGUCCAGGAGAUAGAAUGAGAGACAAAUAUAACUUGAACACAUUGGGUGGAUCAGAACACGAGUUGCCUGAGUUUGAUUUAGACAACACAACCCCAAUAGUGACAUCUGUGUCUACCAUACCUGGUGUGAACGAGGGAUCAACAGAAGAUUUCAACAACAUGGAAGACAGGUCAGAAGAAGACAUUUCAAUACCAGGUUUAGACUGGGAAACAGAUGCUCAAUUCUUAAAGGAUAGUCACAGGGAGCAGAAUCAGAGACGCAAGAUACCGUACUCUCGACCCAUCGACAGAGAAUUCGUCCAUGCGUGGAGAAGUAAUAAACAGCCACCAGCAAUAUCUGGGGAAAAAGUAGAUGAAAAACCCAAGCAUCCUUUGCCAAGUCUCCUGGAAUUGCCCUCGGUUAAACCAGCUGGGGAUUUUAACUUGGAGACUUUAAAGGAUGAAGAAGGUGACAGACACGGAAAACAGCUUAGACAAGGGAGAAAUAAAGACUUUCAGAGAGAUAAGAGAGGAUUUCCUGGUAGGGACAGAGAUGAUCAAGAUGGUGACAGAGAUGAAAGAGAUUCCCACCAUGACAGAUCCAGAAAUGAUUCUCAAAACAUGGAUGAUUUUGAUGAAAGAAUGGCAGAGGAAAACUUGAUUGAGCUGCAAGAGAGAAUGGAUAGGGGAGAGGACAUGAGGGAUCAUGAAAUCAUGGAACUACAAGAUGGAAUGAUGGGAAAUAGGAAAGGAAUGCUGGGAAAUCAGCAAGGCAUGAUGGGCAAAAAAGGGAUGAUGGGAAAUCAACAGGGAAUGAUGGGUAAUCAGCCUCGAAUGAUGGGUCCUCAAGGGUUAAUGGGCAAUCAGCAAAACAUGAUGGGACAGAACAGACCAGGUCUUAUUGGAAAUCAACCACCAGGCAUGAUGGGUAAUAGGCCUGGACUUAUCGGAAAUCAAGGAAUCAUUGACAAACCUGGUCCAGGAAUGAUUGGAAAUCAACAAAAUAUGAUGGGACAAAACAGGCCAGGAAUGUUGGGGAAUCAACCUGGUGGCAUUAGGGGGCCUGGUCCUGGAAUAAUGGGACCUAAAGGCAUGAUGGGUGACAGACCUGGAUUCAUGGGAAAUAGAAUGGGAGGUCCAAUGGGACCACAGGGAAUGAUGAGCCCUGGAAACAGAAUGGGUGGUCCAGGACCACAAGGUGGUCAGAGAAUGCCAUUACUAGGUCCAGCGCCUGGAAUGGGUGGCCAAGGAGGACCAAAUAUGAACAGGCCUUUUGAUAUGGACCAAGAUUUUAGAGCUCCAAAUCAAAAUCAAGGCAAUAAUAGAGGAGGUGGUGGAUUUAACGAUACUGACUUUAGAAAUCAAGAUUCAGAUUUUCGUCAAGAUUCUGAUUUCCGUGGCGACAGUGACUUGCGACAAAGAAAUCGAGAAGAUAGGGACAAUAGAUUUCAGGACAGGAAUCAAAAUUUUGAUCAAGACAGGAAGCAGCAUUUUGAUCAGGACAGGGAUAAUAGAUUUAACAUGAAUAAAGGUCAGAAUAGACAAGAAGAGAUGAUGGACUUUGAUGACCGUGAUUCUAGGCCCAGAAACUUGGAUGGUUCAUUCCGAGACCAAAGAGACAAUUUUGGUGAUGGAAAUCAAAGAGAGAACUUUGGUGAUCGAAAUCAAAGAGAAAAUUUCAAUGAUAGAAAUCAACGUGAAAAUUUCGAUGACCGCAAUCAACGAGAUAACUUUGGUGAUAAUAGAAAUCAAAGAGAUAAUUUUGGAGACAAUAGAAACAGAGACAAUUUUGGUGGUGGCAACAGGGACUGGAAUGAUCGAGGUGGACAUAGGGGUGGUAGGGGAGGUAGGGGUGGUGGAAGAGGAGGCAGGGGAGGAUGGCGAGGAGGACGAUAACCAUGUAUUGUUAUCAUGUCUCAAGACUUACUACUCAGUGCUGAAUAAGAGUUUGAAAGUGUUUAUGAUAUCUUUAUUGCUUUAAAUGAGUUGCAUAUGACUAAAAUCUUCAUUCAGAGAUCACCAGAGGUAAAACUUAAAGGGUCAAAGGUCGCCCUCAUGAAAUGAGUGUUUUUGGCUGAACAAUUCUUCAAAUGUUGGAACCUCUUGCAACAAUAUCAACAGAAUUAUUUUUAUGAAAAAACGAAAAAAGAAAAAUAUAAAGAAAGUAAAUCAAAAUUAGCCCAAUUAAGCUCCAUUCUAAGAAUAGCUUUUGGUGAUCCCUGGCUUUAUUUAUAAAGCAAAGAAACUAUUGUAUGAGCCAUGACAGUCCUCUUUAAACAUUCUUAAUUAUGUGUUUGUUCUUUUAAAACUUGCCUUUUCUAAAGAGGAAGGUGUGAGGUAUUGGCACUACUUGGUGACUAUAGUCUGUUAUAGCUUAUGCAAUAUUAAAAAAUAAUCUAUGAGACAAAUGCCCCAUUAAGGAUAAAAAUUUGCCGGCUUAAGGUAUUAUUUCUUGUUAAAGUGGCGACGAACAAAGAUGGUUGCUGUUAAUGUAAAAAGAAAAUAUGCUAAGGUAAAAUCUGGCAAAAAAAAUCCCAGAAAACCUUUAAGGAAAUAAUUGAAUUUAAAUAUUUAGGAAAUAAUGCUGUUGAGAUAGCCUUUAAUGAAUUUAGUAAGGUUUUAAUUACCAAACCUACCACUAGAUAGCCACAAUUACUAAAUAUAUUUAAUAGAUCUAAAAAAGGUCAAACAAAUGACUUUAAUAAUGCUGUUAGUUGCUUCUGUGGCAAGCACAGAUCAGUAAGUGGCAAAAGGAAUGGAACCAGAAUACAACACCUCUUCAGCCCAUUAUCUUUUAUCUGAUCCAGAAUGAUCAAAUUUCAAUUCAGUUUUGAAGUUCUGGUACAAAAGAAAGGUCAUAUUCUUCGAUACUUCUUUAACAUGUUUCGUUGUUCACAGAUUAUCAUUUUGACAUUAAGCAUUUAUUCAUUUAUUCAUCAUCAAUUCAUUCAUCCAUCUAUUCAUUCCAUUGAACACCAGACAUAAUUGUAUAAAUGGAGUUUUGAGUAUCUGUGAGUGAGUAUAAAAAACAAAGCACAUUAAAAUGAUUGGAUGUUCAACGUUUUCAAGACUGUUAACUAGAAAAAUCUUAUUGAUAUCUUCAAUUCAACUAAAUGAAAUCGUCAGUGUAAAUCUUUUAUUUUGAAAAAAUUAUGUCAAUCAAUCCUUAACUGCAAUUAAUCAACAAGUGUAAAAAAAGACUUAUUUUUGAAAAUUUUAUAGUUCAAGAUACUGAAAGUGCAUACACAUGAGCAAAAAAUAUGUACACACUAUCUUUCCUAUAUCUUGCUUUUUUUGGCCAUUUCAAUAAGAACAAAUUCAACACCUUAUAUAGAUUGUUGAGGAAACCAUAUGAUUGUAAAACUUUAACAAAUAUUUGUACAAAAAAUUACUAAAUGUACCGUUAUAUAAAUGUACUAUAUGUCAAAUUUUUAAAUUACUGGUGAUGUUGAAGAAAAAUUUCAAUCAUCAAAAACAUGUACAAUGAAAGGCAUUGGUAUGCAUUAAAAUUUUAUACUAUUUAUAUUAAGCAGUCUGGUUAUUUGUGAAAAAUAGACAAUUUCAUGACAGUUUCAUGCUAAAUGUCUGUAAUUUGUAAAUAAAAUUGUCAUGCUUGGA